AUGUUACGCCUUCUAAGCGAUAGCUUCGGAACGAUCGAACUAUUAUUGUUUGCAAGAUGUGCCAGAUACAUAUAUGAUUUUAGUACUGGCGGCGACUCGGAACUCAAAGAAAGAGUGGGAUUUUCAGUUGACCUGCGUAGAAACCAAUGGGUUACUACCGUUAAAAGUAAAACCUGGAAGUCCAGGAGCAGGCGUCAAGUUAAUAUUGUCGUGGUAAAAUACAGUACGUGGGAUCUUUGUCGAAUUCCACUCAGAAAACGUACUCACUUUGCUUUAUACUUUUAUUGGAGCAUCGUUAAGGUCCUAUCCACCUUCACUUCAACAACUCCUUCUCGACAGCACAAG